UUUCGAGAAGCUGAACUUCAGAGCUAAAAUUAGACAUAUCUGUUUUACAUUAUGAUACAUAUAUUUGAUAUAUGUGUAUUGUAGAUUGUAGUCCGUUCAGUUCCUCGCGCGCUGAUGCUCGCGUAAUCAUUUCGACGGUCGACGUAUAAUCACGAGCUUUCCGAGAUGUCGCGUAUGAGGACGGAGAAGAACGGAAACGGAGCCAAGUAUGAGGUUAACGUAUGGACACGUGCGAUCACUGCGAACUCCGAGUGGCCGGACAAGGAGGAAUUUCUUGAUGUAAUAUAUUGGGCUAGACAAGCAAUCGGUAUUAUUGUUGGCAUAGGAUGGGGCCUUAUACCACUAAAAGGUUUUAUAGCUUUAUUGUUAUUUGUAUUAGUCAAUGCAGGAAUUACAUAUUUAUACUUUAGCAAUUUUCAACAAAUUGAUGAAGAAGAGUAUGGUGGUGUAUGGGAAUUAACAAAAGAAGGAUUUAUGACCUCAUUUGCUGGAUUUUUGGUGACUUGGAUUAUUAUAUACUCAGGAUUACAUUAUGACUGAUAUAUUCAACAAGAACACAGAUAAAGAGCAAUAGCUUUUUCAUAUAAAUCAUCGCGCUGCUGCCAAAU